AUGGGACUAAAUGAACUUUCUAAGUAUCGUGAACAAGUUCUUAAAUAUUCCUUAUUAGAUCCUUUCUGGUGUCAUAUUGUUGAUUUUGGAAAAGAAGAAUCAGUUUGGAAGAAAAUAUAUGCAAAAUCAUUACUAGAUCGACUGAAAACCAAAUGCUUUCAACUAGAUAUAAACCAAAUUGAUGAUAUCAUUACCACAGUAGAUCAAGCAUACAGUGAUUAUAAUCUUAGUAAUGAACCACCUUCCAUUGAGAUAAAGUCUCUCCUCGAUUUUAAACAAAAAAGUUUGGCUGAAUCUAUUCUUAUACGAUGGCAACUAAACAUUAGACCAGAACAUCCAACGCAAUGCUCUUAUGAGCGUAAAAAACUAUACCAUCGCCCCCCUUUUAAUGAUUGGCCAAAGAAUCUAGAAGAAGCAGUGACAUUAUUUGAGAAGCCUGAAGAUGAUAAUCUUGACGUUAAUGAUUCUGUUCAAGAAACAGUUGUUAUUAUUAAUAGCAACGACAAUGAUCCAAUCUAUAUUUCAAAUAAUAAAGACAAAUUGAAAUCUCUUGAUACUACCAAAGAACAAGGAGUCACACUCUUUCGAGUGUAUAGCCGGAAAGUUGAUACUGCUGUAACCUAUUCUCCAGAAACUGAUAUAAAAUUGUACCUUCUCAUUUGUGAAGCAAAACAUCCGUACAUUUCUCAACGUGGAGAUUAUAAUAAACUAUGCAGAAUGCUUAAUGAUGCUGCGAAUAGUUUUAUUUUAUACUGGGUCAAAAAAUGCAAAAUGGUUACCAAUGAACUAAAAAAAUUGUUUUCUGAGAUGCGAUGGAUCGGAUUAUUUUCAUCUGAUAUGUAA